GAGGCUUAUGCAUAAUGGCUUACAGUUGACGAAAACAUGGGGAUAGGAGGCACUGGUCAUGGUCCUGUCACAGAAAAUGGUAAUUGCGCUGUCAACUCACAAAAAACUUCUGCUAGAUGCUGGCAGCCGUUUCCAAGGAGCAGUGAAGUAUCUAAUAUUCCAAGCAUAGUUGCAAGACUAAAUGCAAGUAAUUGCAAUGAUGACUUACGAUUAAUUAAUCAGGGGUCGCCACUUUCGGCCUACGGCUGCAGUUUCUGCCCUGACAACGAUAGCUUAAUCACAUGCACAUCGGUUAUCAAACGCCAAGUGAUACAACAAGAUGCUUUACAUCAACAUGCAAUUUCUAACGCUCUCCCAACAGCGGGGUUUGUUACAUUGUGGUUGAUAAAGAAAGGGUACCGGAGAGCAGAAGAUGGUGGCGGGUACGUUUUCGAGUCAUGCUCGCAUUCUGUAUUUACGUAUUCGCCCCAACCAUGUUGCAAGUUUAGCCCGGAUGGCCAAAUUAUAACUGCAAUUUUGAAUUCUGGGAGGAAUUCCUUAACAUUAAUGAGAAGAGAAUGUACUGAUAGUGAUGUAGUAGAUGAGGAAGACCAGACUAAUGCAGGAGAGGGAUAUGACGAUGCUGAGAAUAAUCAUGCUGACAUGGAUGGUUAUAACAAUCAAGAAAUAAUAGCUUUAGAAUGUGAUUCUAGUGGUGAGGAGGAUGGUGAAAUAUGGUUUUCAGAAUUUGCAUACACUCCUCGAGGCCAAUGGGGUACAACAUUUUGUGGCAGGGUUCUCUGUACCAUUUUCUCUAAUUGUGGCACAAAACUGGUUUCUGUCAGCAAAGUGUCCUUAUCUUCAUACAGGGAUAGGGCUGUUCAUGAAAUCUGUAUGUGGGAUAUUCUCAAAAAUGAUAAGAUAAAAUGCAUAUGGGGAGUUAGUUGUCAAAUUGUGUGCCCCUCAUUUGCAGAUGCUGUCACAAACUGUAGGUUUUCCCCAAACUCAGAAGUAAUUGGAAUUUCAUCAAGUCAUGGGCAUUGCAUCUUUAUUGAUUCAGAAUUAGGACAGCGCUGUAUAUCAAUAGAUCAGAAUAACAGUAUGAAUGUUUUAAACUCUCCUUGUGACUUUGACUUUGAUCCUACCCAAAACAAUAUGGUUGCAGUGGUAUGGAGAUAUGGUCCUUUGAAAUUAUUCAGUUUAAGUAAAAGUGAUGCAAUAUGUUCUUUUACUUAUGAUUUAGAGGAGGAAAAUCUGCUUUCAAGUUGUACUAGUUUCUCACCGGAUGGGUCAAUGUUAGCUGUUGGAACAAUUGAAGGAAGAAUACUAAUACUUGACCCAUUCACUGGGAGAUUAUGUAAGUGCCUUGAUGCCUCUACUGAGAUUCCUGAUCUUUUAUCCCAGGCAGUAUUUGAUGUGGCUUUUGCAAAAUCUUGUCAAGAGCUUGUAGCUGCAUACAGUGAUGGGCAGAUCAGAAUAUGGCAGUUGCAAAGAAUUUUGAAUUUGCAGCACAUAUGUAGAUUGGCAAUCCUGUGCAGAACACCAAUGAAUAAAAUUGAAAAGCUGCCAUUGCCAAGGAAUCUAGUGUCAUUUCUUUUGUAUGAUCAAAUGUGAAGAGCAUACAAAACCAAUAACAGAGUGUUUUGAUAGAAUUUUCUAUUUAAAUGACAACAUAUUAUGUUAGCUGUAUGAAAGUGCACAUGCAUUUCUUGUCAUUUGUAAGUUUGUAUUAUGUUGAUAGUAGGUGUAGCUAAGAAUACUGCCAGUUUUCCAAAAAUCCUAGAUUUGUUCCCUGUCACUUUUAGUGAUCAAGUAAUUUCUAACCAGUGAAGAAACUUUGUUCAUGUAAUUUCAAAGCAUUGUUUCAUCACACUUGAAAGGACUUAAACAGAGCUGGUCUCUUCUGAUGUUAAAAAUCUGCAUAAAUGUGGCACAUUUCACUUAAAUGUCAAGCCAAUGUUUUCUAUUAGGAUUAUUAUGCUACAUAACUUAAAAACUAAGCAGAAUUCAAUUAAUUUGAAAAAAGUUCAGUGGUGGUACUGAAGAAUCAAUUCCAAAGAGUUAACACAGUUUCACAUUUUACAUAACCACCCAGUUUAUAUAAAUGUGGUGUGAUGUAGAAAAGCCUGUAUGUUCCAAACUGACAAACGAGGACUUCCCUGAAACAGAAUAGGGAAUGUUGAUGGUAGAAAAUUGAUAUGAUUAACAACAAUUUCCAUUAAUUGUUUCUUUAGUUUAACCCAGUGGUAAAGUCUACUUAUUUUUAACAUUAUCAGCUGAAUAUAUUACAACCUAACAAUUAUUUUUUUAACGAUUACAUGUAUUUAUAAAAGUAUACUAAAUGUGAAUAGUUUUUAAUGAAUGCAGACACUGAAAAUCAA